ACUUCAACAGCUUCAGCAUGUCGUCCAAGAAGUCGACAGCAAGCCCUUUACUCAUCCGACAACGUUAUCCUAAUCCUUUCCCUCCCCCACCAUUUCCACCCAAACUUUUGCAUAUUCCCACGGACCCAGCUCGUUAUGCUGGCUAUCGAUUCCUCGCACACCUUGAAAACGAGAGGGAGAUACCUAUUCUGGUAGAUGCCGACUUAGGAAUGACUAUUGAGUUGGGGAUUGAAUCUGAUGGUACUUUCGGAUUGGGCACAUAUUGGGAAGGUGAUCGCAAGGUUAUAUGCCACGAUUCUAGCCCGAGUAAAACAGAACUGCACCCAGAUGAUUGUGCACUACUGGUCGAUCCAGCGCCAGUCCAAGGGGCAUCAAUUUCAAUCAUCAAUGGCGCUGGUCAAAACCCUGCCGUCUCCAGCAUUCACGCUUCUCAUCAUGUUCCUGUACCAAAAGGCUCUCCACUCUUCACGACACCUAGUGGUGCUAACAGAAAAGUUGACGUGGCUUGGCUGAGGCGCACGGAGUACUUCAAUGAAACUCAACAGAAACCUCGGGAGGGAAGCGCGCAGAAAGGCCGUCAACACGAGCCCAUCGUCCCAAAAACACAGGCCGAGAGGCUGGCCGACAUACACGCUUCCUUUGAAACAAUUCAACAGCCAAUUGAAUCACUCAAGCAUCCGACCAAGCCACAUUUGAAGGCUGUCGAUUCGUUUGAAUUCAUGCCUAAUGAGUCAAUAUGGGCCAAUACCUGUGACUUUUACCGCUUUCAAGAAAAUCCCACCGAUCACAAGGAGGUCUUGUCCAACCCCUUGCUUGAACAAGUGGACCCGCGUCUCGAUCAUGCGAUCCUCAGACCUGUACCGCCAAUUCAAGCAGAUAGCCGAUUGGCUUACUAUCUAUCUGAUGAUCUUGAGAAUGUACACCGGUACAAAAAACUGAAAUUGGAGACAAAGACAGUAGACGAGGGGGUAUUGGAUCCGGUGUCUGAUCCAAACCCUGAACCCGAUGAACAAGCUCACAAUUUACACUUUGUCAGAGAGUACGAGGUCAGUCAACAGCGAGAUUUGGAUCAAUAUCUUCUUGUCUUCGAUGACGGCAAGUCGGGCCAUGCGAAAGCAGCCUACUUCAAUCCAAUCGCUCAAUCCCGGACGCUUCGCAAGCGUCGUCCCAGAAUGUAUGGACAGCCUCCCGUUGACGAUCUUGGGGACCCACUAUGGGAUGGCAUUAGCGUAGUGCUGAAUGAGGACCCAGCGUCAAUAGCAAGUGCGCGGGUCACAAGGAACCAACUGCUUGACGAGGUCAGGGAACCACCACCCGAGAUGCAGCUUACCAAAGGCUCUAACCAAGAUGGAGCAUCUUCUCCCAAGGCGGACGAGGCUGGAGACUAAACUUGAAUCGUGUGAACAAUCUGUGAACAUUGAAUGAUACACGAUAACAAAUAUCGAAACAAAAGAUAAUAUAUCAAGUAAACUGGUACAUCAUGGCUCUUCUCUGUGUUUUGUUUUGUAUAGCUUAUCUCUUUUCAUUCAGAUUUUCUUUAUCCACACUUAAAUGAGCUGUGUGUCAAACGCAUUUGCUGUUGGAGGAAACUCUUUCAGUUUGUUUGUAGUUUCCUUGUUCAAACCAAUCAUCGAUUGUUCUGCACCACAUGUCGCAGCAUUUCUCUCCACUGUUUCACUUGUCAGGGUCCUCUUACUGACAAGACCACGUCCUACAAAGCUUUCUGGUUGUAUGGUAUAGACAUUAUCUUACUCACUACCAGCCAGUGAUGAUUGUACUUGAAUCAUUCCUUUAUGGCGCAU